CUAAAGAGAGGUGACUCUGCCGGAAGGGAAGAUGCUGUCCCGCCUGCCGACUCUGUCGCGUUGCGCGGCGCAGCGCCUGCUUCGUCCGUCGUCGUAUCGUGCGUCUGGUGUGGGUGCCGUCCGGCUGUUCGGCGGUGCGCACGACGGUCCGGUUCGUUACGACCCGAUGCCGCGGCACAUGGACGAGGCGGAUCCGCCCAACGUGCGGCACAUCCAGCCCAAACCCCACGGGGAGCAGGAAAUCUACCAGCGGGGAGCCCACCCCAAUGUGCACCCCGACGCGCAGGACCAGGGCUACGACGUGCACCACCUGCCGCGAUCCAACUUGGACUACGUCGAUAUUGACGGUGCGCAGGGGACCAACUGGUGGGACAAUCACUAUGACAGCAACCACUUCGACGCCAUGGAACCCCGCCCGCCGCCCAUCCACACCAUCGAGAUCAACGGACAGACCUACAUCAAGCCGGCGGCCGAGCAGGAACAGCUCUACUCCGUCGAAGAAAUGUUCUACAUCCCACAGGUAAUGUGGGGGGGCGGCGCGCGCACACGCUGAUUGAUUAUCUGCGUCAGAUCGCCUUUCUGUCUGUCUGUCUGUCUGUGUGUGUUGUGUGUUGUGUGUUGUGUGUUGUGUGUCACAUGUGUCCACCAGGAUCACGUUCCCCUGUGGGCGCGUCGUCGCGUGCACAUUUGGUGCAACUACCCGAUCAUGCUGCGGGCCGAGUUUUGUUUCUUCUACGUGCCCACCUUCAUCGUCUUCUCGCUGCUGCUGCCGGCCUUCUGCAUGCUCUACAUGUGGGACGAAGCCGUCUACACUACCAUGACCGUCAAGUGCAUCGGCAGACAGUGGUAGGGACCUGACCUGCCCACCCCACAUACACCCAUGGAUGGAUCUGCGGACACACCCACACGCAUUGUGUGUGUGUGUGUGUGUAGGUAUUGGGUGUAUGAGGUGGAGACGCCCACCGACGACCAGGACGAGGAGGAGUGACCGAGG